UUAACAGUUAAAAAAUAAUUUAAUGUAGUAUAUUUAUAGUAUUUUUAUUCGCUUAUUAUCAGUAUAAUAAAUAUAUAGGAGAUAUGAAUUUAUAUGAUAACGGAAUUUCUAAUUAUAGGCAAAAAAUGAUCGUUGUUUGUAAAUUUAUUGGACGUCAUUUAUAUAUUUUGAAGAUUAUCAUAGAACUUUUCCUUUUACGCAUGUUUUAGAGAUAGUUUACAUUAAAAUGAUAAUUUUAUUCGUAUUUUUUUUCACUUCCUUGCGAUAAGAAAUUUUAUAAAGGUGGGGAUAACAUUUUCAAAUAUUAGUUCGUGGUAGUCGGCAAUAACAGAGUUAGUUAACGUUCUAAUUUAAAUCGAACGCCAUGUCGCUUGUAAAACGCGCGGUAACUAAAAACUCUCAAUUUUUGUUUACGGUGUUAUAUAGAAGAUUAUAUGGUGCCCAACAUGAUUAUCUCACAUCAUCGUUACCAGAUGUUGAUAUUCCUAGCACAAAUUUCAUCGAAUACGCUUUAAAAGACUUUCAUUUAUUUCCAAAUCACAUUGCAACGGAAUGUGCAAUCACCGGGAGAAAGUAUACUUUCGAUGAUUUAAGAAAAAAGGCGGUAAAUUUAAGUAAAUCUUUAAAGAAAUAUUUAAAAUUAGAACAACAAGAUACCGUAGCGGUAUUGUUACCAAAUUUACCUGAGUAUCCAAUUUGUAUGUAUGGAUUACCGAUGGCUGGAAUACAGAUAACGACAAUAAAUCCAAUGUACACAGCAGAAGAGAUUCAACGUCAGUUAACCGAUUCUAACGCUAAAGCUAUUGUUACAUUAAAUGAAAAUUACACUACGGUCAUUAAAGCAUUUGAAUUAAUGCAAAAGAAGAUUCCUAUUAUUAUAAUUAAGACAAUAGUUGCAGAAUCAAUUCCUUCAGGAACUGUGGAUUUUCAUGAACUAGUAAAUCACAAAGUAGAAGGCGUUGAUACUAAACCGUUAGAAAAUUCAGAUACAUUUUUUUUACCUUAUUCAAGUGGAACUACAGGAUUGCCGAAGGGAGUUAUGCUUACUGGCAACAACAUUAUGGCUUGUUUUAGCCUAAUGAACGCUCCAGAGGUUAAAUUUUUUAGACAUGCAAUAUUAGACGGCGAACAAGAAAUUUUACCCAUUAUAUUACCAAUGUACCACAUUUAUGGAUUUUCCAUCGCAACUUUAGUACUUCUUCAAAGUGGAGCUAAAAUUAUAACAAUACCAAAAUUCACGCCGGAUAUCUUCCUUAAUUGUUUAAAAAAACAUUUUCCUACAUUACUUAUGUUAGUCCCACCUUUAAUUAUCUUUUUGCAUUCUCAUGAGGCGGUGAAACGAGAAUACUUAAAAAAUUUACGAUCUGUGGUAUGUGGAGCUGCUCCUCUUUCAAAGAUGGAUGAGGACAAAUUAAGGGAACGAGUUGGACAUCGGUUUAAAAUGUUGCAAGGUUUUGGGAUGACUGAAACGACAAGCAUAGUUUUGGCAACUCCCGAUUCUAAGGAAGGUAAAUUUCCUGGAAGUAUGGGACAUCUCCUUCCAAAUACAAUAUUAAAAUUAGUAAAACCAGAUGAUCCCGAAUUAAAACAAUUAGGACCAAAUACUGUUGGGGAAAUGUUAGUAAAGGGACCUCAAAUCAUGAAAGGAUACUUUAACCGACCGGAAGAUGAUAAAAACAGUUUUGUUGAUGGUUGGUUUCGUACCGGAGAUUUAGCCACCUACAACGAAGACCAAUUCUUUUACAUCGUGGAUAGAAUAAAAGAAUUGAUAAAAGUAAAAGGGUAUCAAGUGGCACCUGCUGAACUCGAAGAGGUAAUAAGAACUUUCCCUGGAGUUCUUGAAGCAGGCGUGAUUGGAAUUCCACAUAGAUAUUACGGAGAAAUACCAAGAGCGUAUGUUGUACCAAAAAUAGGAUGUAAAAUCGACAAAGUUAAAUUAGAAGCAUAUGUUAAAGAAAAAGUUGCUCCUCACAAAAAAUUACUGGGAGGAAUUGCAAUCGUGGAAAAUCUUCCGAAGAGUGCAGCGGGGAAACUGUUGAGAAGACAAUUAAAACUACAAUAUCAAGACGAACUUGCCAAAAAGUAAUUUAAACUAAAAAUUCUUUAUAAUAAAUUUUAGAA